AUGGCGACAACGCGGAUACGGCUGAAGCCAUGGCAGCAGAAGGCCUUAAAAAACGGAAGAACGCCCCUUCCUGAGUUUCCUGGCAACAGACUCUGGGCCCAGAAAACUCAGAGCGAAUUGACCCCGCGCCCUGCUGAGAAGAGGCUACUUGGCGAAGAAGUGCUGGUGGAUAAGACAAGGGGAAGUGAGAAAAGGUCUACAAGUCUUGAGAGAGUCUUUGUAGAGUCGGCCGAAAAUUGA